AAGCGGAAGUGACGACGGUGUCGGAAGUUAUCCCCUGUGAAAACAACAAGGCGCCAAAUUUGUGCCAAAUACACAACUGUUGCUGCCUUAAACGUAUUUUUAAAAGUUCGUCUGAACUUUGCGAGUGAAUUUGCAAAACGCUGCUAGCUGAGGAGGACCGUGCAGGUGUUUCUGUUUCUGUUUUUUAGCAUGGCGGUGCCUUUUGUGCAGGACUGGGACCUUGUUCAGACACUGGGAGAAGGAGCCUAUGGAGAAGUGAGGCUCCUGGUGAACAGGCAGACAGAGGAGGCGGUUGCCGUGAAGGUGAUCGACACCUCUCAGGCUAAAGAGUGCGCUGAAAAUGUCAAGAAGGAGGUCUGCGUCCAUAAGGCGCUCAACCACCCCAACAUUGUACGUUUUUUUGGGCACCGGAAGGAAGGGCCGACUGUGUACCUCUUCCUGGAGUACUGCACAGGAGGGGAGCUGUUCGACCGAAUCGAGCCGGAUGUGGGGAUGGCAGAGAAAGAUGCUCAUAAAUUUUUCCAGCAGCUAAUAGCGGCUGUGGAGUACCUCCACAGCGUCGGCAUCACCCACAGAGACAUAAAACCAGAGAACAUUUUGCUGGAUGACAAAGAUAACCUGAAGCUGACAGAUUUCGGCCUGGCCACCAUGUUUCGUUUCAAAGGGCGAGAACGUCUCCUGAGUCGACUCUGUGGGACGCUGCCCUACGUGGCUCCGGAGCUUCUCAGCCAAACGGAGUUCAAAGCUCAGCCUGCAGAUAUCUGGGCUUGUGGGAUAGUCCUCACUGCCAUGCUGGCUGGAGAGUUACCAUGGGACCAGCCCACUGAGAGCUGUCAAGAAUAUUCAGACUGGUGUCAAAAGAAAACAUAUCUGCCUCCUUGGAAGAAAAUACAACCAACGCCACUUAGUUUGUUGUCCAAAUUACUGUUGGCCAGUCCAGAUGCACGCAUCACUAUCGCAGACAUACAGAAAGACCGCUGGUUUACUCAAGGUGUAAAGCCACCACCCUCACCGGGGUCAGGAGGAAACAAACUUCUUCGAUCAGAUGUGGGACUCAAAUCCCGGACCAACAGUGAUGACAGGAUGCAGGUUUCCAGCUCUCAGCCUGAUUUUGCAGCAGGUGGCUGGGAAGCCAUGUUGUUAAUCAGUCAGACCGACGGUCAAGUCAGCUUCUCCCAGCCGACCAAGCCGGAGCACAUGUUGCUGGGUAGUCAGCUCCUGGGCACACCGGGAGCCAGUCAGUCGCCGUGGCAGAGAUUAGUGCGGAGAAUGACGCGUUUCUUCACCGCCGUGAAUGCUGACGCUUCGUUAUCUGCCCUGAAAGACGCCUGUGACAGCCUGGCACUUGGCUACAAAGUCACCUGCACCAAACAGUUGACGGUGAGCACGCUGGACAAGCGCAAUAACAAACUCAUCUUCAAGGUCCAUUUGCUAGAGAUGAAUCAGAGAGUGCUGCUGGACUUCAGACUGUCUAAGGGGGACGGUCUGGAGUUUAAACGUCUGUUUGUGAAGAUAAAACAGAAGCUUGGUGACAUCAUCAGCACUCAGAAAAUGUUACUUCCCAUCACAUGAGCAGCCUCGCAGAUCCUGGUACCGACAAACAAACUGCCAUGGACGUUGAAGAGAAACAUCUAUCCACCCAUUACUGUAUCUAGACCAGUUAUCCUUUAAGUGUCGUGGGUGGGGGUGCUGGGGGGCUGGGGCCUUGGAGAGAAACACCUGUACAUAUUUUUUAUUUCUUGUUUUCAUGAACUUCUGUCAUGGCAGAAUAAAUUAAGUGUUAGAUGUCAGGAGGGAGGACAUCUUUAAAAACAGCCAGUUCUCCCUUGUUUAAAGAGACAGUAAUGACGUUUAGUGUUUAACAAGGUCCAAACCUUUAUGUGUCCUCGCUCUGCCUUUAAGAAGACUGGUUUGUUCUGAUUAUGUUUGACAUGAUACAGUCCAAAGUUGUGAAUAAAUUAUUAAAAGAC